AUGGCUUCACGCAGACUCGUAUCGUCUCUGAUUCGAUCUUCUCUUCGUCGAUCCUCAUCGAAACCCUCCAUCUCCGCCUCAACUUCGAGGCUCACUUCUCAAUCCCGUGCCUCUCCUUGCGGCUACCUUCUUAACCGCGUAGCCGAUUACGCCACUUCCGCCGCAGCCGCUGCUGCUCCUCCAUCUCCGCCUCCAGCGAAAAAGGAGGUUCCCGGUGGUGGUAAAAUUACCGAUGAGUUUACAGGUAAGGGUGCGAUUGGACAUGUUUGCCAGGUUAUUGGUGCCGUCGUCGAUGUCAGAUUCGAGGAGGGUUUGCCUCCGAUCUUGACUGCUCUUGAGCUUUUGGAUCAUGAGACACGGUUGGUGUUGGAAGUUGCUCAGCAUUUGGGUGAGGGCGUUGUCAGAACUAUUGCUAUGGAUGCUACUGAAGGUGUCGUUAGAGGGUGGCGUGUGCUCAACACUGGAUCCCCUAUCAGUGUUCCUGUUGGUAGGGCAACCCUUGGCCGUAUCAUGAAUGUUAUCGGAGAGCCUAUUGAUGAGAAGGGUGAAUUGAAAACCGAGCAUUUUUUGCCCAUCCAUAGAGAAGCCCCUUCUUUUGUUGAGCAAGCAACUGAACAGGAGAUUCUUGUUACUGGUAUCAAGGUUGUUGACCUACUUGCACCAUACCAAAGGGGAGGAAAGAUUGGGUUGUUUGGUGGUGCUGGUGUUGGAAAAACUGUGCUUAUUAUGGAACUUAUCAACAAUGUUGCUAAGGCUCAUGGUGGUUUCUCUGUGUUUGCUGGUGUUGGAGAACGAACUCGUGAGGGUAAUGACUUGUACAGAGAAAUGAUUGAAAGUGGUGUCAUUAAGCUGGGUGAUAAGCAGAGCGAAAGCAAGUGUGCUCUUGUGUAUGGACAAAUGAAUGAACCCCCUGGUGCUCGUGCCCGUGUUGGUCUUACUGGACUUACUGUUGCCGAGCACUUCCGUGAUGCCGAGGGCCAAGAUGUGCUUCUUUUUGUUGACAACAUUUUCCGUUUUACUCAAGCUAAUUCAGAGGUGUCUGCUUUACUUGGUCGUAUCCCAUCUGCUGUUGGCUACCAACCAACAUUGUCUACUGAUCUUGGAGGUCUUCAAGAACGUAUUACUACCACCAAGAAGGGUUCAAUUACCUCUGUCCAAGCUAUCUAUGUGCCUGCUGAUGACUUGACAGAUCCUGCUCCUGCUACUACCUUUGCUCACUUGGAUGCCACAACAGUGUUGUCACGACAGAUCUCUGAGCUUGGUAUCUAUCCGGCUGUUGACCCAUUGGAUUCCACAUCUCAAGUCUUCACUGGUGCCCCUGGCAAAUAUGUUGACUUGAAGGAGAACAUUACUAGUUUCCAGGGUGUGUUGGAUGGCAAGUACGAUGACCUUUCAGAGCAGUCAUUUUACAUGGUUGGUGGUAUUGAAGAGGUCAUUGCAAAGGCAGAGAAGAUUGCUAAGGAAUCAGCAGCAUCUUCAUCUUAA